UGAGUCUUACCGUAAGUCGUUAGACUCUUUUGUACUCGUCAGAGAAACCUCUUUAUUUACAAUGGUUUUUGACAGUUUUCACUCAGUGGACGAUUAAACAUACGCGGGUAAUUUCGGAAUUUUAAAGAUAUUUAUAGAAGGUAUAAAUACCCUGCUACUCUGUUCCAAUGGUUGACACUUGAUCAGUGACCGGUACGUGAGAGAGAGAGAGAGAGAGGAAUCAGAAGGGGGGAAAAAAAUGAAAUUUUGACCUGCAGAACAAAAUAGUAAAAAAAAAAAUUUUUUUUAAAUUAAAGACCAUCGCCUAAUCAUCGUACAGAAGUUACCUGUGACCAGACCGUGGUGUAAUCGAUUAAACCUCAUCAUCAUAAUGUACAAUUUUCAAGUGUAUCUAAUUCCUUUGGUAAGCGUGUGUAUUCUGCUGAAUAAUGUGCAGCAGUCCAAUGGAACUACCCUGCCCAUUCCUGCAAAAAUGGACGGCGAAGAACUCGGUGAAGUAAUUGUUAGCUGGAAAGAGGAAGGUGAGCGCGUCCGACGCUCAACAGACGGUGUGUCAGUUCCCGCCAAAAAUAUCGCCGUCAGUUUCCAACUGAAUGGUGGGGUAGUGGACCUUCAUUUAACCAGAAACGAUGAGGAGUCCGUGAAUGUCCCCGUAUACACAACAGAUGGGAGAGGAGAAGUUAUUAGACAGUAUAUACAGGAGAAAUCUAACGUGUUUCUCUACCAAGAUAUAAAGAAAUUUGCAGCCUUCUACGUGGAGACAGUGGAGACCUCCUCGUGUAUGUUUGGAAGCUUUGAAGACAAAGCAGAAGAAUAUUUUCUGGAACCAAAAGAAAGAAAUUGUAGCAGGAAAACUUCACCGAUGUUCAAAAUAUUGAAGGCCAAAACCUCACAUAUUGAAUUUGCAGACAGCGUCAUAAUGGACAAGAAGCGUAAUCUUACAGCUCUAUCACAGAAUAUGGACACCAUCAGAGAAAAAAGAUCGACACCGGAAUACAAAAUAGAAACGCUUUUGAUAAUCGACUACUCUAUAUACAACUAUUGGUAUACACAGAGUACAGCGGCGACGCCUACUCAGAAAGACACGGAAGCAAAGGCCAACAUCCGGCAGUACUACGCAUGGGUUAUCAGCGGGAUGGAUGUGCGAUACAAGAACAUCCAGACCGUUGCCUACACAAUGUCUAUUGUCUACGGAGGUGUCUACAUAGCAGACACAGCCUCUAAAUCCACUUUCACGGAAAACAACAAGGAUUCCUCCACCCCAACACCAAAGGUGGACGCCUCCACAGUUCUUAAUGACGUAACUUCCUGGGUAACAAAUACAGCAGGACUCCCCAGUAAUGAUCAUGCCAUGCUGUUUUCAAGGUAUGACUUCACCAAUCAGGGGUCGAGUAGUAAUGCUGGACUGGCGUGGGUAGGAGCAGUGUGUACAGCUAACAGUGUGUCCAUCGUGGAGGAUCACUUUAAUUUUAUCCUACUGACAGUGGCUGCUCAUGAAUUAGGUCACAGUUUGAGCGCAGAGCAUGAUGGGACAAAUAAUGCCUGUGACGGCGGAGAUGCAUACAUAAUGGCGGCAUCAUUAUCUCUGGUUGCGAACACAAAUCCAUGGAAAUUUUCCUCUUGCUCGAUUGCGUAUUUCACCAACUAUAUCAACACCCUCAACAAUGGAAAUGGAAAUUGUAUGACAACAUUAAGUGCAAGUUUUGACCCGACUGCUUUGAACCAAUACACAAGUUUACCUGGUCAGGUGUAUGACGCAGACGGAAUGUGUAAGCACAUUCUCGGAUCCGGAUCAUCAUUUUGCCAGUUUCCUUAUAACUACAAUUUCACGGGCAUCUGCAGCACCCUCUGGUGUCACAAAACAGACGGAAGUGGGCAAUGUCAGUCGGCAUUGGGAGGAGACGGCCUGCAAUGUGGCAACAGAAAGUGGUGUAUAUCCGGCGUGUGUACUUACGACAACUGUGCUCCGGCAGGAGACGAAUCUUGUUUGUAUGGUGAGAAGAGCGGAGUGGUAAUUAAUUAUAAUGGAGCAAAUAAAACAUGCGCUGACAUCGCUAAUGAACCAUUCAUAUGUUACACUUCACCUGUCGCCAAGGAUUGUUGUAAAACUUGUGGCAACUUCUACACCGGACGGCAAGGCUGUGAGUACGGUGAUACGACUUCUGGCUGCACAAGUGCUUUUUGUCCUCAAUAUGGAGAUACUCUCUGUUGUGGAACGUGUUAUACUGGUCCAACUGUAACUACAAAUAUAACGACAGAGACACCAAAUUUAUGUACAACAACGGCUCUGCAAGUUACUACUACAACGUUAGCCACGACUACCACUGAACCAACCACAACUACCACCGAACCAAUCACAACUACCACUGAACCAACCACAACUACCACUGAAACAACCACAACUACCACUGAACCAACCACAACUACCACUGAACCAACCACAACUACCACUGAACCAAUCACAACUACCACUGAACCAACCACAACUACCACUAACCCAACCACAACUACCACUGAACCAAUCACAACUACCACUGAACCAAUCACAACUACCACUGAAACAACCACAACUACCACUGAACCAAUCACAACUACCACUGAACCAAUCACAACUACCACUGAACCAACCACAACUACCACUGAACCAACCACAACUACCACUGAACCAAUCACAACUACCACUGAACCAACCACAACUACCACUGAACCAAUCACAACUACCACUGAACCAACCACAACUACCACUGAACCAACCACAACUACCACUGAAUCAACCACAACUACCACUGAACCAACCACAACUACCACUGAACGAACCACAACAACUACCACUGAACCAAGCUCAACCACCACUGAACCAAGCACAACCACCACUGAACCAACCACAACUACCACUGAACCAACCACAACUACCACCGAACCAACCACAACUACCACCGAACCAAUCACAACUACCACUGAACCAACCACAACUACCACUAACCCAACCACAACUACCACUGAACCAACCACAACUACCACUGAAACAACCACAACUACCACUGUACCAACCACAACUACCACUGACCCAAUCACAACUACCACUGAACCAACCACAACUACCACUGAACCAAUCACAACUACCACUGAACCAACCACAACUACCACUGAACCAACCACAACUACCACUGAACCAACCACAACUACCACUGAACCAAUCACAACUACCACUGAACCAACCACAACUACCACUGAACCAAUCACAACUACCACCGAACCAAUCACAACAGCACAAACAACAACACCAACGGUAACUACCACACCUACAACAGCCACAACACUACCACCUACAACCACAACACUAUCGCAAGGAUCCACAACACUACCACCUACAACCACAACACUACCGCCAACAACCACAACACUACCGCCAACAACCACAACUCUACCACCAACAACCAUAACACUUCCAUCAACAACCAAAACACUACUACCAACAACCACAAUACUGCCUUUAACAACUACAACACUACCAUCAACAGCCACAACACUACCACCCACAGCCACAACACUACCAACAACAACCACAACACUACCACAAACCACUGCAACUACAACACUACCAACAACAACCACAAUACCAAUAACUACAACAACAGAAUCAAUCAUGACUGACGAGUCAACAAGUAUUACAUCUCAAAGAAGCACUGCCAACAUACUGACAACCAUUACAAGUUUACCUUUAACAACUGCUGCAACGUCUACAACUGAACAAAGUAGCAAGACAGCCCCAUCCAUCAAUGCAUUAAGCACUACAUCCGAAGCAACAGUGUCGACUGAUAAUCUAGAAUCUACAACAGAUUCAUUAACAAAGACUCCUCCGACAACAUUCUUGUCAUCAACAACAUCUAUAGAGAUUUUAACGACAGAGGAAGGAUAUUCAACAACCCCAACUUCAAAUUCAAUGAUUUCUACUACAGAAACAACUGCAACAACCACUGACGAAUCAACAACAGACCUGUCAGAUUCAACUACAACAUCUGUGCAGUCCAGUCCAACAACAACAGAGUCAUUAGACACAACCACAUCUGAAGUUUUAACAGCAUCUACAGAGGAAUUAUCAAUGGCAACCACAUCGAAUCCUGCUGACACAACGGUUACUACUUCAGAAAGCACAACAACCAUAACAUCAACUACCACAAACACACAAACUACCACAACCUCCAUGCCAACUACAACAUCCACCACGCCAACAUCUACCACCACUUCAAAUCCUACAACGAGUUCUACCACACAACCAACCACCACCACUACUGUAGCUACCACACAACCAACCACCACCACUACUGUAGCUACCACACAAACUACCACCGUAGCAAGAAACAACCAGAGAACAUUUAUAUUUGUGAUACGGCUGGUGAUUGUAGUGACCGAGGAUCUCACCAUCAGCACCCAGUAUUUACUUGUCAUUACAAGGGCGGAAUCUGCAUUGACAUUACUUUAUCGAAGAAGACUUGGAAGUCGAUUCCGGGGCUGUAAAGUGAGGAGAGUGAGGCGUGGAAGUCUUAUCGUUGACUAUGACGUUUUCACUGAUACCGAAGCUACAGCGACAUCAGAUGUAAUAUCAGUUGCCCAGGAUCUGGUUUCCGGUAAAGAAAACGUGACGUAUAACGGACAGGAAGCACCAGUGUCAUCUGCUGCUUUUGUUGACUCAUCUGGAAAUAAUGUAAACAUUACCAGCAACACUACUGGAUGUCAACUCCUAGAAUCCUCAGGGACUUGUGAGUCUGGAUAUGAGUGUGUUGAAGGGACAACAGGUCCCUACUGCCGAGCCAUGUCUAACUACGAUGAACAAAUGUUAAUCAUCAUUGGUGCAGUGGUCGGUGCUUUUUCUCUUAUUGUUGUGACGGCUGUGGUAUUGGUGUUAUGUAUAUGCUGUAAACAACAGCGUAAGGAAGAGGAAAAGCAUCAUUAUGGAGUAGAAAAUCCAGCGAUGAUACCGGAUGACUUUUGCUAUAAUGGCCGCCUUCAAUACGAGAAUGGCAGUAGUAGAAGCAUUGGAUCUAGUGGAAUGAGCAGUCCACUCAACGGAAAGAGAUGGUAUCCAGGAUACAGCGAAGUGGCACCAAACGGCACGUGGCAUCAGCAGCCAAUGAAUAACGUCAAAUAUUUCAUUCCCAGGCCAAAAUCGUUGGACAUUCCCGGUGGUCUAUGUCAAUACAAAGUGAUGCCUUUUGGCAUGCAAAAUGCUCCAGCGACCUUUCAGAGGAUGCUUCACUCCCUUCUUCAUGACGUUCAAGGAUGUGAGGUUUACAUUAAUGAUGCUAUCAUAGAUAGCAAGACAUGGGGGGAACAUCUCCAAAUCAUGCUGUUGUUCUUUGACAUUCUGGCAAAAUGUAACCGAUUAAACCAGAUCAUGAUAAUGUACAAUUUUCAAGUGGAUCUAAUUCUUUUAAUAAGUGUGUGUAUAAUGUUAGAAAAUGUUCAGCAGUCCAAUGGAAGUACCCUGCCUAUUCCUGCACAAAUGGACGGCGAAGAACUUGGUGAGGUAAUUGUUAGCUGGAAAGAGGAAGGUGAGCGCGUCCGACGCUCAACAGACGGUGUGUCUGUUCCCGCCAAAAAUAUCGCCGUCAGUUUCCAACUGAAUGGUGGGGUAGUGGACCUUCAUUUAACCAGAAACGAUGAGGAGUCCGUGAAUGUCCCCGUAUACACAACAGAUGGGAGAGGAGAAGUCAUUAGACAGUAUAUACAGGAGAAAUCUAACGUGUUUCUCUACCAAGAUAUAAAGAGAUUUGCAGCCUUCUACGUGGAGACAGUGGACACCUCCUCGUGUAUGUUUGGAAGCUUUGAAGACAAGACAGAAGAAUAUUUUCUGGAACCAACAGAAAGGAACUGUAAUAGAAAAACUUCACCAAUAUUCAAAAUAUUGAAAGCCAAGACCUCACAUAUUCAAUUUGCGGACAGCGUCAUAAUGGACAAGAAGCGUAAUCUUACAACUCUAUCACAGAAUAUGGACACAUUCAGAGGAAAAAGAUCGACACCGGAAUACAAAAUAGAAACGCUUUUGAUAAUCGACUACUCUAUAUACAACUAUUGGUAUACACAGAGUACAGCGGCGACGCCUACUCAGAAAGACACGGAAGCAAAGGCCAACAUCCGGCAGUACUACGCAUGGGUUAUCAGCGGGAUGGAUGUGCGAUAUAAAAACAUCCAAACCGCUGCCUACACAAUGUCUAUUGUCUACGGAGGUGUCUACAUAGCAGACACAGCCUCUAAAUCCACUUUCACGGAAAACAACAAGGAUUCCUCCACCCCAACACCAAAGGUGGACGCCUCCACAGUUCUUAAUGACGUCACUUCCUGGGUAAAAAAUACAGCAGGACUUCCCAGUAAUGAUCAUGCUAUGAUGUUUUCAAGGUAUGACUUCACUAGGCAGGGGUCGAGUAGUAAUGCUGGACUGGCGUGGGUAGGGGCAGUGUGUACAACUAACAGCGUCUCCAUCGUGGAAGAUCACUUUAACUUUAUCCUACUGACAGUGGCUGCUCAUGAAUUAGGUCACAGUUUGAACGCAGAACAUGAUGGGACAAAUAAUGCUUGUAACGGCGCAGAUGCAUACAUAAUGGCGACGUCAUUAUCUCUGGUUGCCAACACAAAUCCAUGGAAAUUUUCCUCUUGCUCGAUUGCAUAUUUCACCAACUAUAUCAACACUCUCAACAAUGGAAAUGGAAAUUGUAUGACAACAUUAAGUGCAAGUUUUGACCCGACUGCUUUGAACCAAUACACAAGUUUACCUGGUCAGGUGUAUGACGCAGACGGAAUGUGUAAGCACAUUCUCGGAUCCGGAUCAUCUUUCUGUCAGUUUCCUUAUAACGACAAUUUCACGAGUAUCUGCAGUACACUCUGGUGUCACAAAACAGACGGAAGUGGGUAGUGUCAGUCAGCAUUGGGAGGAGACGGCCUGCAAUGUGGCAACAGAAAGUGGUGUAUAUCCGGCGUGUGCACGUACGACAACUGUGCUCCGGCAGGGGACGAAUCGUGUUUAUAUGGUGAGGAGAGCGGACCGGUAAUUUCAGACAAAACAUGUGCAGACAUCGCCAAUGAACCACACCUAUGUUACCCUAUCGCCAACAGAUGCUGUAAAACAUGCGGCAAGUUUUACACCGGAAGGCAAGGGUGUGAGUAUGGGGAUAGAAUUGCAGGCUGCACAAGUGCUUUUUGUCCUCAACAAGGAGAUACUCUCUGUUGUGGAACGUGUUAUACUGGUCCAACUGUAACUACAAAUAUAACGACAGAGUCACCAAAUUUAUGUACGACAACGGCCCUGCAAGUUACUACUACAACGUUAGCCACAACUACCACUGAACCAACCACAACUACCACUAGACCAACCACAACUACCACUGCACCAACCACAACUACACAAACAACACUAACUACAACCACAGAAACACCAACAACAACAUCCACUAUUUCCAGCACACCACAGAUAACUACAACCACACCACAAAUAACCACAACCACAAUACCAAUAACCACAACCACAAUACCAAUGACCACGACCACAGCACCAUCAAAAGCUACCGCCACAACGCCAUCAAAAACCACCAUGCCACCAACAACUACAACGCCAAUAAGUACAACCACAACCCCAUCAAUAACCACAACACUUACAACAUCAAUAACUAAUACCACAACUACAACCACAGCAAUACCAACAGUCUCAAAAUCCACCAGCAUAAACACACCACCAGGAACAAUCACAACCCCUAUAAGUAUAUCCGAACUCAGAACCUCUGCUCAAAGAACCACAGCAACACGAACAAGUACAAUCACGGCAACACCACCAACAACCACGACUUCAAAUUCAAUGAUUUCUACCACAGAAACAACUGCGACAACCACUGACGAAUCAGCGACAGACUUGUCAGAUUCAACUACAACAAAUGUUCAGUCCAGUCCAACAACAACGGAGUCAUUAGACACAACCACAUCUGAAGUUUUAACAGCAUCUACAGAGGAAUUAUCAACGGCAACCACAUCGAAUCCUGCUGAUACAACGGUUACUACUUCAGAAAGCACAACAACCAUAACAUCAACUACCCCAAACACACAAACUACCACAACCUCCAUGCCAACUACAACAUCCACCACGCCAACAUCUACCACCACUUCAAAUCCUACCACGAGUUCUACCACACAGCCAAACACAACCACUACUGUAGCUACCACACAACCAACUACAACCACUACUUUAACUACCACACAACCAACCACCGUAGCAAGAAACAACCAGAGAAGAUUUAUAUUUGUGAUACGGCUGGUGAUUGUAGUGACCGAGGAUCUCACCAUCAGCACCCAGUAUUUACUUGUCAUUACAAGGGCGGAAUCUGCAUUGACGGUACUUUAUCAAAGAAAACUUGGAAGUCGAUUCCAGGGCUGUAAAGUAAGGAGAGUGAGGCGUGGAAGUCUUAUCGUUGACUAUGACGUUUUCACUGAUACCGAAGCUACAGCGACAUCAGAGGUAAUAUCAGUUGCCCAGGAUCUGGUUUCCGGUAAAGAAAACGUGACGUAUAACGGACAGGAAGCACCAGUGUCAUCUGCUGCUUUUGUUGACUCAUCUGGAAAUUAUGUAAACAUUACCAGCAGCACUACUGGAUGUCAACUCCUGGAAUCCGUAGGGACUUGUGAGUCUGGAUAUGAGUGUGUUGAAGGGACAGCAGGUCCCUACUGCCGAUCCAUGUCAAACUACGAUGAGGAAAUGUUAAUCAUCAUUGUUGCAGUGAUCGUUGCCUUUUCUCUUAUCAUUGUGACGGCUGUGGUAUUGGUGUUAUGUAUAUGUUGUAACGAACAGCGUAAAGAGAAGGAAAAGCAUGAUUAUGGAGUCGAAAAUCCAGCAAUGAUACCGGAUGACUUUUACUACAAUGGCCGCCUUCAAUACGAGAAUGAUAAUAGUAGAAGCAUUGGAUCUAGUGGAAUGAGCAUUUCACUUCACGGAAAGAGAUGGUAUCCAGGAUACAGCGAAAUGGUACCAAACGGCACGUGGCAUCAGCAGCCAAUGAAUACCGUCAGAUAUUGCAUUCCCAGGCCAAGAUACUAAGACAUAUACAUGCAUUUCGUUCAUUUUUCAGACCCGGGAUUCACAUUUGAAUACCUUUACAUUUUCAUUGGCCUCCGUGGCCGAGUGGUUAGAUCAUCUCGCUCAAAAUCACACGGCAUCUCACCUUUGGUCGGCGCGGGUUCGGAUCCCGCUCGCGCCGGUAAGUGAGAAAGUUCCCCAGUUUACUUUCGGAUGAUCGGUCUCUUCCCAGGUACAUUGUAUCUGGGUUCUCUCUUCCACCAAUAAAAACUGGGCGCCACCAGGUAACUGAAAAAUUGUUGAGUGUAGCGGAAAACAGCAAAACAAAAAAGCAAACAAAUCUAUUCAUUGUACACUCUCGUUCCUCAAAAUUCAUCCUGGAUUCUUUUCACUGUCAAUCCACUACACACGUUCAUUAUCCUUACUGAUUCAAUGUCAACUAUGCAAUUAGCUCUGAAUGUUAACAAACCAAUAUGUGCCAAAUAUGUUCAUUGACGUCGAUCAUUGUUUUUGUUGUGCAAUAACAUGUACUUAUAUACUUGUAUUUGAUCAGUUAUGUAUUUCUAAACUGUACAUGUGUUUUUGUUUGUAAUACAUUGUAAGAUGAGGCUACCGUCUGCAUUCAAUUUUAUCGUUUGCUUUUUGUGUAUUCCAAUUCAAUAUCUGGUUUAAAAUUUUAGCACCGUGGUCUUUCUUAAAAUGCCAAAAAACGGUUCCUUAAAUCGUUCAUUAGGGAUGAAAUGUACAGUAUAUCGUAUAUAUUUGUAAUGUUUUCCGUCCCUUUGUGGUCAGUGACUUUCGCUGUAGUUGUCACUCACCCUUGUUUCGUACAGGAUACCAAACAAGGACCGGGCAUCCUGUUAUGUAAGAGCAUGGUCUUCGUUUGAUCAAUUUCUGAACCGAGACAGGCUAAUGUCAAAUAAGUUGAUAUUACAGGAGUUUCUACAGUCACCUCUAUUUUGCAAAUUCUGUGGUCGUUAUGAUUGCUUCAUUUAUGAAUACCACCUGUCAUUAAGUCGAAUGCUGUCAGACGCGUUUCAUGCUGAUCGUUAAAUCGUAUUUUUACAUACUAAUUUUCAUUAACGAAUUAUCCGUUUACCUGAUUAAGAUAGAGGGAUUGUGGCGGUUGUAACUGGGUAACAGAGGGUGCUUACCCUUGUACUUCUUUGGUGUUCUCAGUAAUUUGUGUUUUUCCAACAAAAUUUAUCGCUUCUUGCUAUUUCUUCAAUAUAUCCGUAUUGUUGUCGGACAUCAAUAUCUUAACUCAUAGCAUGGAUGUAAAUGUAUAUGAAAGGUGAAGAUAACGAACAGCGAAAGGUCGUUGGACAAGCACGGACCCCUGAACACUACAUAGUCGGGAUGUAUAUCAACUAGGUUUACAAAUUAUAUUUUACCAUAAAGUGAGAUCUUCUUGUUUUUACAUAUAUAUUUUCAUCAAAAAGCCUAUAUUUGUAAAAUAAACAUUGCUAUAUCAUAA